CACGCUAGUGCUGCUAGCCUGCCAGUCCCCACAAUGCGUAUGGUCGUGGCCGACAGCGAUGCGGAAUCCGAAGUGGAUAUUCAAGUUGCGGAUGUACAGGAAAGCAGCGAAGUGGAUGAAGACGACGGUGCUGAUCAAGACGAAGAUGUAGAAGGAGAGGACGAAGAAGCGGGACAGGACGAGCUUGCUGGUGAUUCGGACGACGAGAUGGAGACAGAGUCGGUGCCUGAAGUGGCUCCGCUGCGAAUCAAGCUGAAGUUGGGUGCCCAGCCUCAGGCAUCAUCUUCAAGACAGCCUGCGAAGCGUUGGGCGCAGUCGCGCAACGAGGAUGUCGAGUCUGAAGAUUCGGAAUCUGGAGAAGACGAGGACGAGGAUGACUCGCAAUUAGGUGCACCCACCCCCAAAAACCGAACGGCGCGUCAAGCAGCGCUGGCUGGAGAAACCGAACUCUCUCAUGUUACUCUCGACUCGACCCGUUCCAAUCCAAACAAGAAGGCUCAGUACAGCGCCACUGAAGUCGCGCUCCGGAAGGAGGAGAACGCCAGAAAGAGGAAGAACAUGAUAGAAAAGAAGCUAGAGGAUGAGAAGCUCGAAACGAUCAAUCGCCUGCUGAAGAAACAAACGCGACCACGCGGGAACAAAAGGGCCACCGCUCCACAGUCCGAGGAGGAUGUGGAUAUGGAAGAUGAGGAGCGUGAGGGCGUUUCAAACGGAAGUCAGAUCGAAGAGCCUACCGUGCCCACAAUGUUUCGCUGGAUCUCGACUUCGCGACCUUUGCCUCAUUCUGGCUCACUAUCUGAUGCAACGCUCAGCGACCAUGUUGAACCGUCCCCUUCACCACAUCUUGCAUUGAUGUUCUCGGUGCCCGAUACAUUCCUACCCCUGAAGACUUCGCAUGAUGAGGAGAAGAAACCAAAAUUGGACACGGACUCGUUGGUCUGUGCGGUAGAUGGUUGUGUUGCGGACAGGAGGUAUCGCGUCGUGGGCAAGGCAUGGGGUGUAGGGGCUUGUGGCUUAGGACAUCUUAAGCUGCUUGAAGGGAGAGCUUUAUAACACAGUCGUCAGAGCUCUGCAAUUGCAUCCUUGUCCUAUGCCACCAUUUGUUCCAGAUUUUCUAGCGAUCUGCGUCUGGAUCUCAGCCCCCACGUUACGAUGGCUCGUGUUUUGGGUGCAGUGAAUGUGCGAGCACCGGCGGCUAACUGAAUUCCAAGUGCUGUCUGCCAGUUUGAAAAUCAUUUCAGACUGCAAGCGGAAAAGCUCUCUGUUCGCAAUCCAAAUUUACUGUUGCAACAAGGCUAGUGAAUUUUCCUAUGUCUGCGGGGAUACCCAGGCUGAAACAUGAUGAACACCUGUACCCGGACGCGGAGCUCAAGGAACCUUGUCGCUAAUGAUUAAUCAUGAGCUGUAAUUUGUGACUCGGAGUCUGCUGUUGCGCCGCUGCGCGAUGUCCCACGUCGGCAGGAAGAAUUGCCACAGAAUGUAUCGUACUGCACAAGCCCAAAAACUAGACUAUAAUAAAUCAAUACAUCAUUAUAUAGAUAUUAGAGCUCAGAGGGUAUGACUAUGUAUACAGUAUGAGCAUCCUGAUUUCGAAUCGAUGUCUAUUGACAGCCAAUUGACCAGAAACGCA